AUAUCGCUUGUUUCUUCAAGUUGAAGAACAAAGCUCGAGUAACAAAGAUACUUGACAGCUUUGGCUUUCAUUCAGAUAUUGGAAUAAGAGUAUUAAUUGAUAAGUCUCUCAUAAGUGUUUCGUAUAACAUGUUAUGGAUGCAUGAUUUACUACAAGAGAUGGGUUGGGAAAUUGUUCGCCAAGAAUCUCGUAAGGAGCCAGGAAAACGCAGCAGGUUGUGGCUUUUCGAGGAUGUCUAUGAUGUACUAGUGAAUAAUAAGGCAAGAGAUUUGGUGCAGUUUGAAUUCAGUUACUAACGUAUAACUAAGCAAAACUAUAAUCUGUUCUUCUUAGUCUGCUAUAUCAUGCAGUUGUCUUGAUGUUUUCUCUUGUUAAUUAGGGUACCGAAGUCAUUGAAGGCAUAGUCCUAACUUCACGUGCAGACGAAGAGGUUCACACGAGCACUGAGGCCUUCUCUAAGAUGAACAAACUGCGGAUGCUCAAAUUAGGUAAUGUGCACCUUUCUGAAGAGCUUACAUAUCUCUCGAAUGAGUUAAGAGUUCUCAAAUGGCAUGGAUAUCCUUCAAGAUCUCUCCCAUCAAAUUUCCAACCAGAAAAACUUUUCGAACUUAGCUUGUGUAAUAGCCGCAUUGAAGAACUCUGGAAAGUUAUAAAGAAGCCUCUGGAGAAGUUGAAAAUCAUUAAGCUAAGUUACUCUCAAAGUCUCAUCAAGACCCCGGAUUUUACUGCAGUCCCAAACCUUGAGAGGCUGAUCCUCAAAGGUUGCACAAGUUUAUCCAAAAUUCACCCAUCCAUCACAGGGCUUAAAAGACUUGUUUUGUUGAAUCUGAAAGAUUGUAAAAGUCUUCGAAGUCUUCCAAGCUCCAUAGAACUGAAGUCCCUUAGAAUUUUCAUUCUUUCCGGUUGCACAAAACUCAAAAAGUUCCCUAAGAUUGUCGGAAAUAUGGAACACUUGUUCAAACUGUCAUUAGAUGGUACAGCUAUACGAGAACUUCCCUCAACAAUUGACCAUAUACCCGGCCUUGUAUAUUUAAGUAUGAGAGAUUGUAAAGGCCUUGUGAAUCUUCCGAGCUCCAUUUGUGCGUUGGAGUCUCUUAAAGUUCUUGCAUUAUCUGGUUGCUCAAAACUUGAAAAACUGCCCAAUAACUUGGGGCAUUUAGAAUCAUUAGAGGAUCUUGAUAUUGGUGGAACAGCUAUAAGAGAAGCACCGCCCUCCGUUGAACUCUUGAAGAACCUUAAGUUAUUAUCUUUCCGCGGAUGUAAUGGACUGCCAUCUACUCCGUGGAUUUCAUCCCUUUGGUCCACAUUGGUCAUGAGAGGACGUCAAGAUUCUACGGGGCUUCUGGUUCCCUGUUUGUCAAGCUUACAUUCAUUAACGGAACUUGAUCUAAGUGACUGCAAUCUAUCAGAAGGAAUGCUUCCCUCGGAUCUUGGCUGCUUAACCUCAUUGGUGAAGCUAAAUCUGAAUAGAAACAACUUCGUUAGUGUACCUGCAAGCAUCAGUCAACUUACAAAGCUUACAGAACUGAACUUAAAUGGUUGCAAGAGGCUUCAAUUAUUGCCAGACAUUCCAUCGAGUGUAAGAGAACUAAUGGCACAAGAUUGUUCGUCACUGGAAACGUUUUCAAAUCCAUUGUCUGCAGGCAGUUCAGUGUGGGCGGGGUUCAGUUUUAUUAACUGCUAUAGAUUGGCAGGGAAUGAAGGCAUUAACCUGACCUUUCUCAUGCUCAGAAAGUAUCUUCAAUCAUCAAUGAAAGCUGAUUCUCAGGAACCAUUUGCUGGAUUCAGUAGUGCUGUUCCUGGAAGUGAAAUACCAACAUGGUUCAUGCAUCAGAGUGUGGGCACUUCAUUAAGUAUCGAGGUGCGUCCACAUUGGUGCAGUAGUAAGUUCAAGGGAGUUGCCGUAUCUGCUGUUUUCGGAGUCUGCGAGAAUGCAACCAUCCACCGUGUAGAUUUGAAUUCAACAGAUGAUCCAAUGAUUCGGUGUGAGUUGGAUACUGACAAAGGUACAAUGAGCCCUGGCAUUGUUUUUCCCUUCACCAAAGACAUACGGAUCGAGUCUGAUCACCUUUGGCUGUCCUACCUAUCGCGCAACGGGUUUCCAGUGAGUGCAUUUGAGUGGUGGAAAUGUAGACACAUUCAGGCUUCGUUCAAGUCCAGUGUCCCUGGCUUGGAGGUGAAAAUGUGUGGGCUCCGUCUGGUAUACGAGCAAGACAUGGAAGAGAUAUUCCGUGCUGAUUUUGAUGAAUCAUCAGUAGGACUAAGAGGUGCCGUAAUAACUGGACAAUGUCGUGAUAUCUACGAGUGCUAUGAUGAAGUCGAACGCAGGGAAAGCGGUAAAGUCAAUCCGAUGAUUGGAAAUGCAGUCAAAUUCUUCAGAGCCUUUCUGGUUGGAUUGCUAGUUUUGAUUCUUUGGCAACUUUGCUUUUCCCGGGUUCCUUGUCUGUCAAGUUAUUGCUAAGUUAAUGCGUCUCUUCUGAGUAACUUCUGGGUAACAGAAGUUCACUUCCCCGUUCUUCGAGUUCUAGUUCUGUGCUGCCGUCUCCGCCGCUGCCGCUUCGAAUUCUUUUACUGCCGCCAUGAAACCGCUGAUGAGAAAUGGGAGAUGCAAAUACAAUGAGAUGAUGGAAUGGUUGAUCGUAAUCUGCAGUUAGAGAGUCAAGGGUUUCGGUGACUAAUUUAUAAAUAUUUGGGUGUCUAAUGUCCAUAUUCUAUGAUUUGGU